UAAAGGCGGAGCUGUCCGCUGUGCCUCCUCCCUGCGUCAGACACACGGCCCAGACAGACGGACAACAUGGACCCGAACACGACGAUCCUGCGGGUCAAGAGGAAACGCGGGACCGACCCCGCGGACGCGCUGCUGCUCGCCUGUAAACGCAUCCGGCCGGAGACGUCGCAGGUCUCGGGCGACCCGGUGCCGGAGCCCAGCGAGGCCCAGGUGGAAAACUCUGUCUUCAAACUCGUGGCGACUGUGGCGACUCAGGAUGCUCCGGUGCAGACCCAGGUGCGACAGGCUCUGGCUCGGCCUCGCUUGGCCCACGCACUGCGCCCCUCUGCGGCCAGUUCUCAGCGGAUCUCGGGGGACCUGCGCAGCAGCAAGUGGAGCACCCGACGGGAGGAGCGCUACAGGAUACUGUCCAGCCACCGUGCAGGCCUGGCGGCCCCGGCCGAGCAGCCCAGCCUGGACACAGACGCCUCAGAGAGCGCAGGGGAAUCCGGGGAAGAGAAGGACACAUGUCUGGGUCUUGGAGCAUUCCAGGUGGUUGAUCUCGUCCAUGAGGAUGUAGAGGACAAGGACAAAAACAAGACGGUGUCCUCAGACCCGGAAAUGAUCCUGUGCAACAGCACCAAGAUGCUGCGGGAGCGCCUGAGCAUAACCGGAGAGAGGCAGGGGGAGCAGCACCGGGAGCAGGAAGAUGACUACGUCUACGACCUUUACUAUCAGGAGACGGUCACGCCCGGCUGGAUCCAGGAUAUCCUGUCCGUCAGGGCCUAUGCCGACGAGGGAGAACUGGUGCCGGACCUUGUGGUUCAUGAAGAGGAGGUUUAUGAAGACGAUGAUGAUGAGAACGAGGAAGGCAACUGGAGGAAUGACUACCCUGAUGAGGAGAGUGAUGCAGACAGCGAUAGAGAGGAGCGCUACGCUGGUUACUUGGAGGAGGAGCACUCGUACAGCCGGAGGAGCUGGGGCCUCUACCAGACAGAAGUGCUGCAUGAGCUGGGCCCCCGCGGGGACGCUGACAAUGAUGACGAGGAUGAUGACGGAGACAAAUACAAUUCCGAUUGAUCCGUCCGUUUAACCCAAAGCUGUCAGUGGAUCUUCCCAAUGCCCCCUCCACUGAUGACACCAUUCUCCAUAGACCUCUGUGUGGGCGGGAGUGAAGGCACAACAACUGCUAGAAAGGCACAUAAGUGAAAUCCCGUUUUUAAAGUGUAGCAACUAAUCAGAUUUAAGGAAUGUCAAUUUGAAUUGACCCAGAACGUCCUGUCCUUUUUUAAAGGAACAUUUCCCCCCAAAAUAACCAUUUACAUAUCAACUACUCGCAUCGCAUUACCUUUUAAUUCUUGAGGAAAAACUUAACAUGAAACAAAGUUUCCUCAAGAAUUCAAUGGUGAUUUUUGUGGGUGAAGCAUUCCUUUAAGUCAACACUAAAAAAACAAUAUACAUAAAAGAUCAUUUUUACAUGGGAAUGUAUUCAAAAUGUCUGCCACAAAGGUUGUCAACCACUAAUUGUUCAUGAAACUGCAUACAUAUAUCAGUAUACAUCCCUUUCUCUCCCACACAGACGGUGAAGGAGUAGGGGUUAUUUCCAGAAAGAUCCAGAGUGUCUUUUUUUUUUUUUUUUUUUUAUUGUGGUGGAGUGAAUUUGUGUGUGGGUGUCUGUUCAAUGUGGACGUGCGUUUAAAAAAAAAAAAUGUUGCACAUUAGCGUGGUAUGCCUUGUAUGCUUUGUGCUGUUAACACUUCUGUCAGUGAGACGUCUCGGGCUGCGCCUGUUUGCAAUUUAGGCUGCAUUUUGUGCAUGGUAGUGUGUGUGCGUGCGCGUGUGCGUGUGUAGGUAUAAUUGUGUGUGUUAGGUUUUUGGCACAAUGUGAAAGCGUGACGCAUUAUGUUUUUGUUGUGGGUGUGCGAGUUUGGUCUCCCCUUUGAAGUUCUUGGAUGCUUGGUGAAUUAAACUUUUUGUAAAUAUGUAGAUGUGUAUAAAAAGAAAGCUUUCAAAAUAAACUUUAAAUA